GGGGGUGCCGGCCGGCGCGUCUAUGGCAGCGCGGCCGCUUCCGCUUCCUGUGGCGAGGCGGCGGCGGGGCCCGGCCGCGCUUAGGCCGCGCCGGGCGGCUCGGGGGGCUGCGCCCGCGCCGGGCGGGACGGGGGGGCGCCAUGCGGUCGCCGCCGCCGCUGCCCUGGCUCCUGGCGGGGCUGCUGCUGCUGGCUGCGCGGUGCAGGGGGGCGGCGGUGGCUGCCGCCUCCCCGCGCCCCACGGGGACGGCCGGCGGCGCGGCGGCGGAGGCCACGCGGAGCAGCGGCGGUGGCGGCCGCCUGGCCGAGGUGUCGGCGCCGCCUGAGCAGGGCCAGCCCAUGACGCAGCGCGCCCUGUCCGUGCUUGUGCUGGCCAGCGCCGCCCUCAUCGUCUACUUCGUGAUCCGGACCGUACGACUCAGAAGACGAAACAGAAAGACACGGAGAUAUGGAGUUUUGGAUACAAACAUAGAAAACAUGGAGUUGACUCCGUUAGAACAAGAUGAUGAAGAUGAUGAUACCACGCUAUUUGAUGCGAAUCAUCCUCGAAGAUAAGUACGUGCCUUUCAGUGAAAGAACUUAAUCAUGAAACCAGAGAAAGAGACUACUCCAUAGGAGGAAUAAGAACCAAAAUAGCAAGGGGGUAUGGAAUUUGGGGGAAUAAUUUAAAUUGUGUAUAUUAUGGCAUCCUUAAUUUGUUGCAAUAAAUACUGUACCAAUUUGUUGUACCUUUUUGUAUAUAUAUGUAGAAUUCUAAAUGUAAAGCCUAAGGAGCAAGUGUGCACUAAAAUCAAAACCUAUUUGGAAGCAAGAUUACUUCUAAAACAGGGUAUUUUUUGCUUGUUCUAAAUCUUGUAUGCCAUAAGUGUGGUAUACACUUUUUUUUCUACAGUAACCUGGAAUGUUAACUAACUUUUUGCUGAUGUAAAAUUGUAAGUAAAUGUAAGUAGCAUAGCCUCUGUGAACUCUUCAUUAUUGUUGGAACUUGAUUUUAGUUGAGGAGAUGCUUUACCCUUUACAAACAAAAAGCCAGACUACUGCCUUUUGUGUUAAGAUUUUUUUAAAACUAAAUUAACAUGUUGUAUGUAAACUAAGUGUACAAAUAAAAAUGUUUACAAUGUUCCUAGCA